AGCAGCCGAGGCGUUUGGGGCGGGUGGAGGCGGGCCGUUGGGCGUGGUGGAGCGCCGGCAGCAUGGAGAAACGCGGGCGAGGCGGGAAGCCGUCUUCGAGUACCGCGUCUCAGCCGCCGCCGCCUCGGAGGGAGAGGAGGCCCAGCAUGUUCGAGAGGGAGGCAUAUACACAGAUUUUAAAAGAAAGACUGAGAGAUUCGAUUCAUGAUGUUCAGUACGUAGAGCCUCCAUUUGAUGAUUCAAUUGCUGAUCUAGGUAAAGAAUGGAAGAGUGCCCUGGCAAAAUUAAAGUUUGCUAAUUCAUAUAGAAUGGAGCCAUUGAAAAAAUUCCAAGCUCAUUCAGUAGAAACUAAAGCCCAGCAGAUAUUAAAGGAAAGUCUUAAAGAUGUCAAAUAUGAUGAUAAAGUCUUCUCUCAUUUGUCACUUGAGUUAGCAGACCGCAUCUUGUCCGCAGUGAAAGAAUUUGGGUAUCACCGUUACAAGUUCAUUAUAAAAGUGCUAUUUAUUCAAAAGACUGGUCAGGCGAUAAAUAUUGCCAGCAGAUGGAUCUGGGAUGUUGCCUGGGACAGCUGGGUUGCGGUGAAACAGGAAACAGAAACGUAUGUCGCCUUGGCCCUGGUGUUUGCUCUCUAUUGUGAAUAGCUCACUACAAGUGAUGGCAGUGCUGGCUUCUCAACUUUACCAAGAUCUGUGACUUUGAAGAUUUGCAAACUUCAUAAUAGUCAGCCAUGCCUUUGCCUCCAGCUGAAGAUCCAUUGUAUUCUUUUAACAACAAACAAGUAAAAGCCAGAUUUUUACCUUCAUACUUACUAGUUAUCAUAUUUAUUAACAUGCUGUGACCCCAAAGUGUAAAAGUUUGUACGAAACAUGGAAGGAUAGAUAGAGUAUAUAAAUGCUUAUAGUGGGUGCUAAUACAGGGAAAUCACUCAUCAUUCUUUUUAGAGUUAAGACAAUUAGAAUUUGCUACUGGAAAUUAUGACACAACAGUGUCGAGUAAAUGUUAAAAUAGAUUUUGGAAAACUUCUAAAGGCAGUUGUAUUUUUAAAUGGCAUUUUAAUACGUUGUAGGCAUUCUUUGGAAAGGAAUUACCAAGUUUGAAAUAAAGACAUUAAUGUAUUUAACACAUCCCUAACCAAUCAAAA